AAAUUGUUUCUGUAUCUGUUUGUCUGAGAUUGGGUAAAGCAGCUAAGGAGCAGAGAGCAGACAGAGACAGAGGGGACAGAAAACCCAAAAGAUAACUAGGAGGAGGAUUUAAGAAAAAAAAAAAAAAAAGAGGAAGACAACAAGCCUGAUUCUUGAGUGCGUUAUUUUAAGUGCUAGGAUGACUGGAGUGUGGCGAUGCAUGUUGGCAAUAAUGGUGCUGAUGUGUGUGUGCUUGUGGGAUUCUGGUGAGGCUGUGGGGGGGGCUGUAAGUCGACCACGACCCCAGAGACGACCUCGCAAGAAGCCAAAGGUCGACCCUAUUGAUGUGACUCCACCAGCACAGAACAUAGAUAUACAGCGGAUGACGGGAAUAUGGUACCUGCUAAACACUGCUUCCAAAUGCUCAUUCCUGAUAAAUCAUGGAACCAAAGUGGAACCCACAGUGAUGAACCUCACACUGAACUCUGCCUCUGACCAAACACUGUUUGUUAGCACGAAAACACGACAUAAUCACCAGUGUUGGGAGAUAUUGCAGGUCUACGAUUUAACCCCAACCCCAGGACGUCUGACACUUAAAGGAGCUCGUCCAGAACUGAACACUGAGAUAGUGAUUGGAGAGACGGACUAUAACUCAUAUGCAAUCAUGUACUACCAGAAACAUGGCAAGAUAACCCUGAAACUCUAUGGUAGAUCUGUAGACAAUCUGUCAGAGCCGAUGUUGACCAAGUUUGAGCAGCUUGCUGCAAAACAGGGUUUUGGACUGGCAUACCUCUUCCCUUUCCCCACAUACAGUCACUGUGGUGAUGUGGACCAGGAUCAUGUCAUCAACUGUGUCCCCACUUGUUGAAGAAUCAGAGCUGCGCAACAGACAGAUCCAGCCCUGCAGCGUUCAGCAGCUCUCACGCGUGUAUUUGACUACGUUUAAAAAUGCGAAUAUCAGCAAGAAAGUUGUUCAAAGACUGCAUCGAGGUCUUCAAAUUGCGAAACUGUCAAAUGUAAAUGUUACCAGUCACAGAUGGAUAAAACAAAAUAAAGCAAACUUUUUUUUGAUCUA